AUGGACAAGGCUAUUAGAGUGUCUGCCGCCAUCAAGACAAUUUCCAUGCAACAAGAAGCACAUAGUGGUGAAAGCAAAACACAGAGCCCACCAUCUCUUGGCCUCUGCCUCCCUGAUAGGAUUCCUCCUCCUCAACCCUCUGCUCCUCAAUCCCCACCUCCGUACCCAGACACAAACUCUCUUUCUCCACCACUCACCGGGUCACAAACAGCCCCGCACUCUGAAUCAAGGCCCAACAUGCUCCCCCUAAGGGAAGUUGCUCAUAGAGUUUUAGGCACCAUCAGGGUCCACGUCCGCUUCCCCAGGUCUGACCUCUCCCAUAUCCAGGGUAAACUAGGCUCCUUUAGCCAGGAUCCUACCACGUUUAUUAGAGAAUUCCAGGCACUUACCAUAGCCUUUGACCUGACCUGGCAAGACAUUCAUGUGGUUCUAACCAUUUGCUAUACCCAUGAAGAGGAAACCAGAUUCUGGGCCUUGGUCCAGGCCUGGGCAGAUGAGGCACAUGCUCGAAACGCUAAUGAAAACAGGGCAGCAGGGACAGAGGUAGUCCCUUGGGUAGACCCAGGAUGGAAGUACCAAGCAAAUGAAAAUGGGCCAGCAGACCAUGGGGGAGGAAAUCAUUCGGUGGUGUCUGAGAUUGUGUUGGUGGGACUCACCAGUUCUUUGGAGAUGCAACUUGUCCUCUUUUUAGUUUUCUCUGUGUUCUAUGUAACAGGUAUUUUAGGAAACCUCCUCAUCAUGCUCACAGUAAUCUCCGACUCCCAUUUACACUUCCCCAUGUACUUUCUGCUAGCCAACCUCUCCUUUAUUGAUAUGUGGGUUUCCUCCAUUUCAGCUCCCAAGAUGAUUUCUGAUCUUUUCAAGGAGAGAAAAGUAAUCUCUUUCCAAGGAUGUAUUGCUCAGAUGUUCUUCGUUCAUGUUAUUGGAGGAACUGAGAUGAUUCUGCUCAUUGCCAUGGCACUUGACCGUUACCUUGCUAUAUCUAGGCCUCUCCAUUACCUGAUCAUCAUGAGCUUCAGAACUUGUAUUUCACUCUUGAUUGCUGCCUGGACCAUUGGAUUCAUCCACUCGCUGAUCCAAGUUUUAUUUGUUGUAAACCUACCGUUCUGUGGCCCCAAUAAAAUGGAUAGCUUUUACUGUGACCUUCCUCGAUUUAUUAGGCUUGCCUGCACAGAUACUUACAGACUGGAGCUCAUGGUCACUGCCAAUAGUGGUUUUAUCUCCCUGGGAACUUUUUUCAUUUUGAUUAUCUCCUAUAUCUUCAUCUUGGUCACUGUGUGGCAACGUUCUUCAAGUGGUUUGUCCAAGGCCCUCUCUACACUAUCAGCUCACAUCACAGUGGUGAUUUUAUUUUUUGGUCCAUGUAUUUUUGUGUAUUCAUGGCCUUUUCCCACAGUGCCAGUAGAUAAAUUCCUUGCUAUUUUUGAUGUAGUUAUUACCCCAUUUCUGAACCCUGCCAUCUACACUUUUAGGAACAAAGAGAUGAAAGUGGCAAUGAGGAGAAUAUUCAGUCAGGUGUUGAGUUUCAGGAAGCUGUUUUAAGUCA